AUGCCCCUCGCCGCCCUCCUGCGCCUCUCCAUCUCCCCAAUCCUGACCAGACUGCCCAAGACAUUCGUCCCCGAAUCUCCACAUCCACUUGUAGACACACAAAUGCCUGCUGCCGGCACAGCGCCACAAUUGCACACGUCCCUUACACACACCGUCCCAAUCGGGCACCCCUCUGGCCCGAACACGCUUCUCUGGCACCUGACAAGGUUGACAUCGCCGCAGCUGUACCGGUUCUUGUCAAAACAUACUCCGUUGCCCUCAAUCGUCGUCGCGCAAAUGCACCGUGUCGACCCCCCGCUGCCUGGCCCGCACAGUCGGUCAAAGUUGCAGGUCGAGUCGCAGGGCCGAGAUGCACAUACGCCGUUGAUGCAUUGCCGCCCACUUGUGCACGCAUUGCCGCACCGCCCGCAGUUCAGUGCAUCCGACGUCGUGUCGCGGCACAUACCCUCGCACCGCUCCACUCCAAGCCCCUCACACGGUUGCCCGCUAGGCGUUGCGCUGCUUGUCGACGCGCUUGUUGACGUGACUGUCGUUGAAGAUGCCGCUGACGUACUGGAUACGGAUGAGGCAAGAGACGACGAUGGCACACUGCUGCUGAUACUCAAACUAACUGACGCACUACUAACCGUCGACGAGCCUGAGGAAGUCGCACUGCUGCUGAUAGAAGCAGUUGCUGAUGACGUAAUAUUGUCCGAUGAACUUGUAGCUACAACCGACGAUGAAGACGGGCUACUCGAAGACACCAAAGAGCUCUCAGAAGUAGCGGAUGGACUGCUCGAAGUGCUAGAUACACUACUCGGGACAACCGAUGAGCUGCUCGACGUUGCCGAGGGGCUGCUGGUCGGAGCCACGCUUGUCCCAUUCGAACUGCUGGACGAAGUGCUGGGAGAUGCUGAUGAGCCAGUGCUGGACACCACACUCGUGGCUGAAGACGACCCACUCAAGCUACUAGACAAGCUAUCCGUUGAUACUGAUGCACUGCUAGUAGCUGUCACACUUGUACCUGACGACGUGCCAUUCAAGCUGCUUGCUGAGCUACUCACUGAGCUACUCGCCGUAGUUGACGGACCAACUUCGCUUCCAGUGCUAGAUAGACUGCUCAGACUUGUAGGCGAUGAGCUUGAUCCCGUUAUCGUAACACUCGAGCUACUAAAGUUGCUUGUCGCGCUAGCUGAUGUGCUAACCAACGAGCUACUGCUUUCAGUCGAAGGCGUGUCUGAACUAGACAAGGUGCUGAGUGUGCUACUAACAGAUGCACUGCUUGACCCAGUUGAGGACAUCGUUGAACUCGAUAAUGCGCUGCUGGCGCUGCUACUAGAUUGUGACAAAGAAGACGAAGCCAAACUAGAUAAUGAGCUGCUUGUGCUGCUAGAAGAAGCCACACUCGACACCGCGCUGCUACUAGACAACGUCAAAGAUGACGAAGCCAAAGUAGACGAUGUAGACGACACAGAGACACCCGAGCAAGACGCCCUAGUGGUCACAAAAGAAGUAAUCGUAGUCGUGGCCGUAUUCGUCACAACCUAG